CUCGGGGCCGGAGUGGGCCGGCUCGGGGCCGCGGGGCUUCAUCUGGGCAGCGGGACACCGGCUCAGCCUGCCCUGGAGCUGUGGCGUCGGGGAUGUGCUGUGGCAGCGUUCGGCUUUGAAUUCCACCGAGUCACUCAAAGCUUCGGUUAGGAGGUGAAGGGGAGAACCUGGUAGGAAGAGCCAGAGAGGUUGCAGUGGAAGUGAGUUGUGUGGAUUACUUCUGAGGAAGAGGGCAUGUUGGUACCAUGGAAGUGGGAAAGAGCAGCCAUGUUAACAGCAAAAGGAGUUCUGUCACUCAGGGCUCCUGUCCAGGUGAAGAUCCAGUUGAAGGAAGCCUUUUAAGUGAAGACUCCCAUCUGGAGUAUCUCAGUGCUCACGAGGAAUAUGCUGAUGAUACAAAUAGUUCAAGUGAAUUCUUUGAGGAGAGGGAAAUUGGAGAGGUGAAGGACAUACCACAAGGUCACAAGGUGCCACCCCACAUCAGUACAGGGGAAGAAGUGUCUGGGGACAGCAACAGGCACACUCACAGCGUCUCAAUGGAGCCAGAGGGCCCUUUCUUGUCACCAAGGGAAAGGGCCCCUAAAGUAGCUGUGCAGUUUUGCGAACAUGCAGAGUCCUCUGAUUUCUACAGCUGUGAAAAACCUGGUACCGUCCAUGUUGACAGCACUGCAGAGGAUGCUGAAACCCAGUUUCCUGUCUCUGAAAUUCCCACUAGUAAGAAUCCUGAUUUUGGCGUGGAAGUUGCAGAUGAAUCCUCCAGUGGAAGUCCCCGCAGUGUGAACUCGGAGUGCCGUGGACCCCCGAAAAGCAUGGCCGGUGUCUCUGCGGUUACACAGGCUGUCGAUGCCAGCUCUGACUUCAGAGCUUGCUUUACAACGAGCAGAAGCAGCAGUGCUCAGGUUUGUCUCUGCUCCAGGGCAAUUAACACAGAGAUAACAAUGAUGAACAAAUCUCGACCGGUGGGAUGGCCCCGUCAAAACUGUGUGGAUGCUGCUUCCAACACAGAGUGGUCAUUCGGAGCCCACAGCUCACAUGUUCAGGAGCAGUGUGAAUCAAAGAAUCAGCUGUGUACCUGUGAUUGGAAGAUGAGCGCUGACAGGCCAGUACAUCUCAACAAGCAAACCGUGAAGAACUCUGUGUCAAGCUGCUGUCAAAACACUCUGCAGAGAGCAACUGAGGCAGAGCUGCAGCUUCUGGCCAUCCAUUAUAAGAUGUGCUAUCAGCACUGCUUGACGGUUUAUCAGCUGGCUUUUGAGGAGAACACAGCUUUUGGGAGUAGAUGUGAUGAGAAGACUGAAUUACAUUCAUCUCUGCUGUUGGUUUUGGAAGAGCUAGAAAAUAAUUACAACAAUAUGAGAAUGGAAAUAAACAUGGGCAUACCUUUAAAUGCUCUCCCACCACUGUCAGUUGAAGUGAAGUUACCCCCAAUCUCUUCUUUUUAUGUCCCUGGCGAGUUUUUCAGAAAGUCUCUUGGCUCUGAUGGUCUUCCAGGUGAAGAAAAAGCUGAUGUUGAAGCACCAGAAAUGCAAGAGCAGACUUCUGUCAAUAGGGACAAGUCACAGACUGAAGGUGGUCAGCCAAGGGACUCUGCUUCCCCCGAGGCACGGGAAGGACAACAUAAAGGCCGGGAUCUGAAACAUGGCCGUAUGAAAACUGAGGAAGGGACUGAAUAUUGGUUUGAUGCUAAAGAAGAGCUGACAAUGUCAGAUUUUCCAGUAAUACCUGAAGAAACGAAAAAGCAACAAGAAAAGCAAGGCACGGAAGCUAAGACAGUGCAGAGUGGGAAUGAACAUUCUGCUGUUCAUGUUGGUGGCCCAGGUUCUUCAGUGCUGGAGGAUACUGGAGAAAAUUCCCUGCAGAAAACGUCUUAUUCUUACAGCAUUGAACCAGGUGAUAUCUUUAAUUCUCCUUAUGCACUGAACUUGAGUAGCUUUACCAAGCUGAUUAAGAGACUUCAAGCAACCCAUCCAGAGGCUAGCAGAGACCAAAUUGUGGAGGCUAUUCAGCAGGUGAGGAAAAACAACAAAGGUAUGCUAUGUGGCUUGGCCAUCAGUACUAUUGAGGAAAGGACCUCUGCCAUUCUGAGGAAAUCAAUGCCCAAUUGUGGGCAGGAAAAGCAGUCAGAACUGCUGUCGGUAACGCUGUCAAAGCCCAGCUUUGUACUGUACCCUUCCUUGGUCCUGCUGCUGCAGAUAGAAGCAGGGCUAAGGAAACCGCGUGGGGAAGAAGGACUCCUCGACGCUUUCCUUCUGAACUGUUCGCUCCCUUUCCCGCGGCUCCGGGCUACGGCUGCGGAGUCGGAGGUAACGAGAGCCUCGGCUACAUCCUGCAGGCGCCUCGGGAGAGGUUCCCCCGGUCUCUGGGGAGAAGGGGGUGUUGCGGACGAGCGAGCCCCGUGGAGCGGGCGGGGCCCGCGGCCGCCCCGGGUCCGCCCCUGCGCUCAGCGCCGCGGGCGCGGAGCCCGCCCGGCCCCGGAGCGGAGCCGCUCCUGCCGCGGGGCCAUGGCCCUGCUCCCGCGGCGCUUCCUCUGCUUCGUCCUGGCCCAGCACUUCAUCGCGGCGACGGCGUGCCAGGAGCCGGACUACGGCUGGAUGAUCCGGCACUACUGCCUGAAGCAGUUCCAGCUCAGCAUGGAGGGCAUUGGGCAGCGGCUCUGGUGCGACUGGGAUGAGACCGUGGGCACGUACGGGGAGCUGACCAACUGCACGGUGCUGAUCGCCGAGAGGCUCGACUGCUACUGGCCCAACCGGCAGGUGGACGAGUUCUUCGUGGCCGUGCACAGACAGUACUUCAGGAACUGCUCCCCGUCCGGGCGGGCGCUGCACGACCCCCCCAACGCCGUCCUGUGCCCCUUCAUCCUGCUGCCCGUGCUCGUCACCCUGCUCAUGACCGCGCUGGUGGUGUGGAGGAGCAAACGCAGCGAGGGCAUCGUGUAGGGAACGCCCCGCGGCCAGCCCAGGGGAGCGACGGGGGGAUCUCCCCUGGAACGUGCCUGGUUUUUUUGGGAAGACCCUGGCAGAGGAGCAUCACGGAGGGUACCAAGCUCUGGAAGCAGAGACAGCAUCGCCACUGCUCCUCUUCACCAGUACCCUCUGUGCCACACCCCCGGCGGUUUCCCAAUGAAUGCAUCAUUUAAGACAGGGUUGUUGGGCAAAAUGGGAUUCUGGGGGCCAGGGAGGCUGUCAUGGACUGCCCGGGCAGCUGGGAGUUCUCCUGGGAUACCGGGGAGCACCACUCACCCCAGGAUCUGCACUGCUCUGCUCCGCCUUUCCCAACUGCUUCCUCCCUGGCAACCCCCAGCACUGUGUGCCAAGAGAGAAGAAUUUUUAAAGGGAAAAAAAAAACGUACAAGGAAAGGGGGUGUGGGGAGUUGAAAUCCUACUGUUCCCGCAGUGCCGGCGCAGCAUCGACAUGUGACUGCGAGGCCGGCAGGUCUGGGCACAGAGAAACCUCCACGGCUUCCUCUUUUUGUCCCUUUUUUUUUGUUCAGCACACUUGGAAAGGCAUCUUUUCCCCCCGUCCCCAGCCUAAGGACAAGGCCUGCACAGGGUGGGUUUUGCCCUGGAUGACAGGCAGCAGUGGGUGAAAGUUGGCACUGGGAGCUGGUGGCACUGGUGGUAACUGUGGCAAUGCCCCGGGGGGCUAAUGAGGAAUGGGAAUAAGGUGCUUUUCCUAUCUAAAUAAAUAAAUACCUACAUAAACCAGG